ACAGGUAAGUAUUUGUCAGUAGACUUUCUCACAGUGAUAACAUUGACGACACUCUCCGGCAGAAUAUAAAGAUCAGUGUAGGAACAGGCUUGCUUCAUUCACUGUGUUCAACCUCACUUGUGGAGUUACAGUAGCCAUGAUGAAGUGGGCAUUUGUACUCUGUGCAUUGGUGGCCUUCUCUGAGUCCUUACGGGUGCCCCUCAUCAAGGGCAAGACAGCCAGGGAGGCACUUCAGAAGAAGGGUCUCUGGGAUGAAUACAGGAAGGAGCAUCCUUACAAUCCCAUGGCCAAGUUCCAGCAGCAGGAUGGGACUGUGAUCAUGACAAAUGCUGAUACGGAAUAUUAUGGUGUGAUCUCCAUUGGAACCCCUCCCCAGUCCUUCAGGGUUGUCUUUGACACCGGCUCUGCAAACCUGUGGGUGCCAUCUGUCAAAUGCAACAGCCCCGCUUGCAAUAACCAUAGGAAGUUCAACCCUCAGAGUUCCAGCACAUUCCAGGCCACCCAGCAGUCUUUUACUAUCACCUAUGGAACUGGAUACUUGACCGGCGUUCUGGGUUACGACAACGUGGAGGUGGGCGGCAUCCCUGUAAAGCACCAAAGUUUUGGCCUGAGUGAGGCUGAGGAUCAAACCUUUUACUACUCUGAGGCUGAUGGCAUUCUGGGUCUGGGCUUUCCCUCCAAUGCCGCGGCUGGAUCCACCCCCGUCUUUGAUAAUAUGAUGAGCCAGGGCUUAGUCCCCAACGACCUCUUCUCUGUCUACCUGAGCAGGCACGGCCAGGAAGGAAGUGUGGUGCUGUUUGGUGAGAUUGACCCUCAGUACUACACUGGCGAACUGUACCAGAUUCCACUGGUGCCAAAUGCUCAGUACUGGAAGAUAAAUGUGGACAGCAUCACCAUCAAUGGAAAUAUUGUUGCUUGUGUUACUGGGUGCACGGCUAUCGUUGACACCGGAACAUCAGCUGUGGUCGGACCCAUUGGAGAGGUUAACAACAUUAAUGGUUGGUUAGGUGGCUACCCAAGGCAAGAACAAACAUUCAGUACUGUGUCCUGUGGAAACAUGCAGUACAUGCCUGAUGUUGUCUUUAACAUCAACGGAGAACCGUUUGCCCUCCCACCAUCUGCCUAUGUGUCUCAGGUCAGCAACAACAAGUGCCAGACUGGCUUUUAUGGUGCAUCAAUGGGUCCAAAAAUAGAUUGGAUCCUGGGUGAGGUUUUCAUCAGGCAGUUCUACACCGUCUUUAACAGGAAGGACAGCGUGGUGCUCCUGGGCCUCGCUGUGUAACUAAAAAAAAAAGAUGUGGAUAUAGAUAAUGGUAUCAAUAAAGAUGUAAAUAAAGACAAGAUUGUGCAAAUGC